AUGCAACAUCGGUUGCCGCAAAACGCGUACCCCACCAGCCUCUAUGACGCCCAGGCCGUAGGCUUCCAACAAGCGCGUGAGGUCGCCCAGUAUCCCUACCAGGGCCAUCGCUGGAUGGACCCGUACGCGCGCAACUCACUCCUCCAGUCUCACCGGACAGAAACGAAACCCAGGCUAUCCAAGGGCGAGGUCGAACAAUUAGAAGCCGAGUUUCAAAAGAACAACAAGCCCAGCUCCAAUGUGAAGAAGGGCCUCGCCGAACAGAUGAGGGUGGAUGUUGCUAGGAUCAAUAACUGGUUCCAGAACAGGCGCGCCAAGAAGAAGCAGGAACUAAAGGCACAGCUCCAAGACGCGAAGAGCAAAGCAGGUGCUCCCGAAACGCAACCCGCCUCCAUCUAUUCGGGCCAGGCUUCGCCACACAGCAACGGCUCCGCCUUUGACUCGACGGGCAUCGAUGGGUCGUACUUUCCCUCUGCAUGCCAUGACUUCUCAAGCAUGAUGUCCGUCAACGACGCUGCGGCCGCAAACACGGUCGCGGCUUCCAUGCCUUGCACCAUGGCCGGUGCUCCGGAGAGCGUCGGCGUCUUCUCGUACCCGUACAUGGUCUUUCCCAACGGCGUCGAGGAGUCGCCUUCGUUUGGCGCUUCGUUGAACAUGAAGCAGGAUAUGGGCGUCAUGUACCACCAAGACGUGGGAAGCUCGCACAACUCGGUCGAUGCUGGGUUUCAGGAUCUCGAAUCCGAGCAGAUGGACCAGCAAGACUUUAGCAUCAAGUCGCCACCUGCCAUUGACCUCGCUGGCAGGAGGAAGCGCCCUGGCCUCGCUCUUUCUGGUUUGAGGAGCAUCUCGAACGGGCCCGCGACAGGCAUGGACUUCGGUAACAGGCGUGUGGACCCUAGCAGCCCCAUGCGUCGGGUGGCCUCGGCGACCGGGUUUGGACCUCACGGCAUUCGCCGGUUUCCCGCUCCCCAAAGGGGCCAGUAUAACGACCGCAGGCAGGAAUCCAUCCUGCAGGCCGCGCGCUCGCCCAACGCGGGCAUGUCCUCUCUAACCAACGCGAUGGCGCCUCCCACUCCCAACACGCCCGUCGUGGCGACGCACCAGUCGCUGCGCGAAGCGACCGUCUCUUCCAACUCAGCCUCCGAACCCCCUGCCACGCCCAUCACCGUCGGCGACGCGUUUACGCACUCUAUCGAGACGACUCUUGGGUUUGGCGCCCCCGACGAGGCGCUCCUCACUCCCGGAGUCGAGUACCCCGUGAGGACGACCGAGUUUUGCCUUCCCAAUUACGUGUCGGACAACUACAUGAGCCAGCCCUCGACGCCGAGCUUCCCCAACAAGUUUCCAUUCAUCCCCCACCAGAACCAAAGGCGACAGCUCCAGUUCAACAACUUCACAGCUCAGGAUUUCAGUGGGAGCAAAUAA